AUGGGUGUAGGAAGUAUCCAACAUUUCAAUUAUGCUAUGCUUGUUAAAUGGUGGUGGAGGUUCAAGGCUGAACCAAAUCAACUUUGGGCGCAAGUUGUGGCUUCGAUUCAUUGCGGUUAUAAUAUUACCUCUCCGGCCCCUUUAUUCCCUCUAAAAGGAUCGAUCCCUGGCGUUUGGAAGGAUGUGGGGUCGGUGGAAGUGGCCUUGAGGAAAGCGGGUAUAUUUAUCUCAGAUUAUUUAGUUGAGGUGGAUGGAGUGUGGAAAUGGCGAAGCGACCCAUUCGGCUCCUUUUCAGUUAAACAGGUUCGUGCGGAUAUUGAGUCAGCCGUUGUAGAGGCCGGUGAUUCCGAUUUGGUUUUUGAAUGGAAUAACUGGGUGACCCCGAAGGCGAACUAUCUCUUGUGGAGGGCUCUGCUUGGUAAAAUUGCCUCCAAAGUGGGGUUGGUUCAUCGGGGCAUUGCCCUCGCCGAUACAGUUUGCUCUCGUUGCGGGAUUGCGGAGGAGGAUCCCGACCACAUCUUUAUAAACUGUCUUUGGUCGCGCUGCAUUUGGUGGAAUAUCAUGGCCUGGAUCAGAAUAAAGUUUCCUUUGGAUGUCAGCAACCUCAAGGACCUCUUCUCAUACAUAAAGUCGAACCCGGGGGGAAGAGUUUGGAAAAGAUGUGUCAAUCUGAUCGCUUCCGCAACGGUUUGGUGUAUUUGGAAAGCUAGAAACAAGAAAGUUUUCGAAGGCAUUUUCAUUCCGGUUUCUUCGGUGGUCGACCAGAUAAAGGAGGAGAGCUUCGGUUGGGCUUGCUCGCGGUCAUCCUUGAGGAGGCCGGUUUGGGGUAAUUGGAAGUCUUUUGAUGUAAUCGGCUUGUUGUAG